AUGAUAUCCGAUCAUAUUGUCGUCCUUGGAGCUGGGGUUUCCGGGCUUACCACCGCAUUGCUUCUGUCCCGGGAUCCUUCGAAGAACAUCACGGUGGUGGCGAAACAUAUGCCGGGGGACUAUGAUAUUGAAUAUUGCUCUCCUUGGGCAGGAGCGAGUUUCUUCCCGGUUGGAAAGCCGAACACCGCCCAUGGCAAAUGGGAACGAGCCACUUGGCCAGUUUUGAAGCAACUGGCUGAAAAGCAUCCCGAGGCAGGGAUCUGUUUUCAACCUACGCUUGUCUUUAGCCGCUCAGAAGACGUCAACUCUGCCACAGGGCAAUGGUUCGCAGAACUUGUGCAAAAAGACCCAUGGUACAAGGAUCUCGUGGACAAUUUUGAGGAAAUCCCAGCCGAGAAUCUGGACUCCAGAAUCGAUAAUGGGUCACGCUUUACUAUACCUGCCCUGGCUCCUCGCCAAUGUUCCAAGAAUGGUGUUAUAUUCAAACGAGCGACAUUCAAACAUGUGACUGAAGCAGGGUAUGCACAUCACUCAGGCAAAAAAGCCGACGUCGUUGUCAACUGCACUGGAUUAUCUUCCAAAUCCCUUGGCGGGGUCCAAGAUGACACUUUAUUCCCAAUUCGUGGGCAGGUAGUCCUUGUGCGCAACGAUCCCCACGCUAUGUACUCUGUGUCCGGAUGCGAUGACGGGGAAGAUGAAGUUGCAUAUAUGAUGGCUCGAGCUGCAGGAGGUGGCACGGUCCUUGGAGGUUCUUAUCAGAAGAACAAUUGGGAUCCACUCCCGGAGCCCAAUCUCGCUAUUCGAAUCAUGACAAGGGCCAUUAAUUUAUGCCCCGAACUUGUGAACAAAGGCCAAGGCAUUGAAGGACUGGAUGUUAUUAGGCAUGGGGUGGGGCUACGUCCUGCUAGAGCAGACGGGCCGCGUGUGGAAAAGGAGCAAGUUGACGAUCUCGCGGUGGUGCACAAUUACGGUCAUGGUGGCUUUGGGUAUCAAGCUUCGUAUGGUUGUGCAGCCACAGCAGUCAGAUUGAUCCACGAAGUUCUCCAAGAGAAGGGCAGACCAAAGAUGUGA